AUGGGUCCUCGUGGAGAAUCUCGAUCAAAUCAACCAAAAGUCCCUGGAAACGUAGAUAAUACUGAAGAAGAUGAAAAUGAUCAAAAUGAUGGAUGGCGGAUAGGUUUUGAUGUUGAAAUGAGGGGAAUUGGAAUUGAAAGAAAUUCAAAUAGUUCAGAAGACGAUGAAUCUUCAAAUGAAUUAGAACAACAAAAUGGUUAUCAACAACUUCCAACUUCCUCUAAUAAUAAUACAAGUUGGAUUCCGACAACACAAAGACUUGAUUUGCCUGAAGCUCCACCCGUUGAACAUAUUAAAAUUGAGCAUCAACCAAAUGAUAUUUCAUUGGAUAAAGAUAAAAUUGAUCAAAUAAAAUCAAUAAUGAUUAACAUAAAUGGUACUUUAAUUGAAAAUAUUCCACAACAACCCGAAUGGUUAAAAAAUGUUGAUGACAAACAAUUGGGAGAAUUAAUUCGAGAACUUGCAAAAAAAUAA